UAGGUGGCGCAGUCGCAACGACGGCCGAAAAAUCGAUACUUAUCGUGUACCGGCGAACGACGGGGUUGCCUUCCAGUACGCAGCUCGUGUGCACGAGGUAAACACGGCUCCAAUCGGCAAUCAGAAUGGAAUGACGCGUGAGAAGUGAGAUCAACUCCGAGCCACCCCCGCAAUCCGAUUGUCAAGUGCAGCAGCAUGUACGGUUUUGUGAAUUACGCUCUCGAACUCUUAGUUGUGAAGACCUUUGACAACGAGACGUGGGAGACGAUAAAAAAAGAUGCGGCGGUUAAUAUGGAAGGACAGUUUCUGGUGCGACAAAUUUAUGAUGACGAAAUUACGUAUAAUCUGAUAUCUGCUGCUGUCAAUAAACUUAAUAUUCCUGCCAAUGAAAUACUUGAAUUAUUUGGCCGAAUGUUUUUCGAGUUUUGCCAAGAUUCCGGUUAUGAUAAGAUUCUUCAAGUUCUUGGAGCAACACCUAGAGAUUUUCUGCAGAAUUUGGAUGCGCUUCAUGAUCAUUUGGGUACGUUAUAUCCAGGCAUGAGAGCACCUUCUUUUAGGUGUACAGAGAGACCCGAGGAUGGCGCGCUUAUUUUGCAUUAUUAUUCAGACCGACCUGGUUUGGAACACAUCGUUAUUGGAAUUGUUAAGACAGUCGCGAAAAAAUUGCAUGGCACUGACGUUGACAUGCAGAUAGUGAAGACGAAAAGUGAAUGCGAUCACGUGCAGUUCCUCAUAACUGAUGCGUCAGGACCGGGAGUCGUAACAAACCCUAUGAUUGCUGAAUUGGAAACAUUAUCCGUCGAACCAAGGGUCAGCCCGACAACGUUUUGUCGACUUUUUCCGUUCCAUCUAAUGUUCAAUCGAGAUCUUACAAUAAUUCAAACCGGAUGUACCAUAACACGUGUUAUACCGCGCGUCUGCAGUGGUCAUUGCAAACUAAGCGACAUUCUCUUAACUGUCAGACCACAUCUGGAAUUAACAUUUGAGAAUAUAUUGUCACAUAUUAAUACUGUAUACGUGUUAAGAACGAAAAAGGGAGUUAUGCGCAUCGAUUCUACGGAGGAAUAUUCGUACCUUCGUUUGAAGGGUCAAAUGUUGUACAUACCGGAAUCCGAUUUAGUUAUCUUUCUAUGUUAUCCAAGUGUUAUGAAUCUUGAUGAUUUGACUAGGCGAGGUUUGUACUUGAGCGAUGUUCCUCUGCAUGAUGCCACUCGAGAUCUGGUCCUGAUGUCGGAGCAAUUUGAGGCGGAUUACAAGCUGACGCGCAACUUGGAACUACUCACUGAUAAGUUACAGCAAACGUAUCGUGAACUCGACGGUGAGAAGCAGAAAACCGACAGAUUACUCUACUCGGUGCUUCCUAUUUCGGUGGCGAACGAGCUCAGACAUUCAAGACCAGUACCGGCAAAAAAGUACGAUUGCGUUACUUUACUAUUCUCCGGGAUAGUCGGUUUCGGAGCUUACUGUGCGGCUCAUACAGACUCCAAUGGCGCUAUGAAGAUUGUUAACAUGCUCAAUCAGUUGUACACGGCUUUCGACGUAUUAACUGAUCCGAAAAAGAAUCCUAAUGUUUAUAAGGUAGAAACCAUCGGUGAUAAAUACAUGGCGGUGAGUGGAUUGCCGGAACCCUGUCGUUGCCAUGCACUAUGCAUCGCUCGUCUAGCACUGGACAUGAUGGAUCUCGCGGCUGACGAAGUGCAGAUCGAUGGGGAACCUGUGAAAAUUACGAUUGGAAUACACAGUGGUGAAGUCGUUACUGGUGUUAUUGGUCAUCGCAUGCCUCGUUAUUGUUUAUUUGGAAAUACUGUAAAUCUUACUAGUAGAACGGAGACUACUGGCCAACCGGGAAAAAUCAAUGUUUCGGAAGACGCUUACAGAUAUCUUUGCAUGCCCGAAAAUCAAGACCCACAAUUUCUUCUAGAGUACAGAGGUCCCGUCUCUAUGAAGGGGAAAUCCGAGCCUAUGAAUGUAUGGUUUCUGUCUAGGGAAAGAGAGCUGACAUCAUAAAUCGCUAUGGCAAUGAAUCUUAUAGCAAUAAUUUCAAGAAUCAGUUUGAGACUUAUAUACUGUUAAAAAAUAAAAUUACUACAUUUCGUCAAAGAGAAACAAAGUAAUAAAAAUGAUAAUAUCAGCGAUGACUGUAUUGUAAGUGUACAAGGCAAAUAUAAUCGUUAUUUAUUUGGUGA